GGGGGGGCGUGUCGCGGUGCCCGGCCCGGCCCGGCCCGUUAAAGGCCCGGCGCGGGGCGCGCGCUGCACUGGGGCGGGGGCGGUGGGGCCGGUGCCGCAGGAUGUACACGCUGACGCGCGGCCCCAGCAAGCUGGCCACGCAGCGCCGCACAGGUCCCACGCAGCAGGCGGUGGAGAGCAGCAAACUGGGCGAGCUGCGGGGCCGGCUGCAGCCCGGCGCCUGGCCCCCCGCCAGCCCAGCCCAGAAACUGGUCUUCAACAGAGUGAACGGGAAGAGGCCGCAGGUGCUGCCACAGCAGGUCUCGGCCCCCGAGGAGUGCUACACGCUGGCCCACGAGGAGAACGUCCGCUUUGUCUAUGAAGCCUGGCAGCAGGUAGAGCAGCAGCUGGACAGCAGCCGGAGCGGGGAGAGCAUCUGCGGCCCCGUGCAGUAUGUAGAGAAGACCCCCAACCCUGGACUGAAAAACUUUGUUCCCAUCGACCUGGAGGAGUGGUGGGCACAGCAAUUUCUGGCCAAAAUUGAAAACUGCUCAUAAAAGGGAAGAAAGGUUUGGGUGCUGGAAGCGAGUGAAGCUCAUGAAGACCUGCUCCAGGGAGAUCUGGCUCACCGAGUAGUCCUCCAGGCGGAACUUCUCUUUGGCUUUCUCCAAGGCCCCGAAGACCUACAAGGGAGGGCGCGG